CCUAAUUCCCACAAAAAGCAGAAAGAAGAAAGAUCAAUAAGAGAAAUUAGAUCAACAGGGGAAAAUAUCACUUUCUCCUAAGAAGAGAAAAUGAAGGCAUGUGUGAUAUUAAUGUUGGUGAUUUGUGCCGCUGUGAUUGUGGAGCAAUCGGAGGCUAAAAAAGACAGGAAAUAUUUAAGUCCACACAUCUUUGACCCAUGCCAUGGUCCUAACCCUCCAGCGGGAUGUCAUCCUCCUCACGAUGGACCUCCUGUCCCUGCCAACAAAUACACGCGUGGUUGCUCAAAAAUUCACCGAUGCCGAGGUGGAGGGUAAAUUUAACAUGAUAUUCCUUUGCAUGAUCCAUAUUUCUCUUAUAUGAUUUAUACCAAGUAUAACUGAUUUUUUUUUUUGUCAACACCAAGUAUAACUGAUAUACAAAUUUGCAUAAGUACAUGUAUAUGAGAACUUAUAUAUGUUUAUUUAUAAAUUUAUUCUUUUAAAUUCAGUUCACAAGUUCAUAUUUUUUUAAUAAUAAUUUAAUUGCUGCGUUAAAACU